GACUGGCUGUUUGGCCAGCCGAGAGUUUAGCGCCUAUAGAGAAGCUGCCACGCCAAGUGACGAGAGGCUACUGUGUUAGGGACAAUGGCAGGUACGGCGUUGGCGUCUCGGGCGCGGCUCGGCGUUUGGGGAGCGAGGGCCAUGCAAACCCGAGGCCUCAGCUCAGACAAGGAUCAUGACAGCUCUUCCGGCUCGAUCCGGGACGCCGGUGGAGCCUUCAGCAAGAGAGAGCAGGCGGAAGAGGAGCGCUUCUUCCGACAGAAGACUAGAGAACAACUGGCAGCCUUGAAGAAACAUCACGAAGAUGAGAUCUAUCACCAUAAAAAGGAAAUUGAGCGUAUGGAGAAAGAAAUUGAACGACAUAAGCAGAAGAUCAAGCAACUAAAACAUGAUUAAACGCACAUGUUCCCCCCUAGAACGGCAUCUAUCAUUGCCCACUUCUGUGUAGACAUAAUUCUGGUCUAAUUCCUAUUUGGUCUGUGUGCUGCCAACAAAUAAUAAAUUGUCAUCGGUGAACUGUG